AUGGCGUCUGCCACCCUUCGCAAGUCCCAGAUGUCGCCGGUGCCCGCCAAAGCGCCCGGUAAUGUCAUUCUCUGCUGUGCGCAAUGUGAGAAUCAUCUUGGGAUCUACGAAAACAACUGGAUUCGUGUAACGAGCUCCUACGCGCGUCCCGGCCGGCCUGGCACACUUCUCGGCAUAAAGAUCGGGCGGAAAACACAGGUAGUGCCCGAGGGCGCCUCGCAGCGAGAUCUCCAAGGUUGCACGCUGGCACAACUGUCCUGCAAGAAAUGCUCGACAGUCGUCGGACAGUAUUGCAAGGCCGCCGCAACUCCAGAGCAGGAGCGUUUGGUUGAUCAAUACUUCUACCGACAGCCAAGAACAUUCCUGAGGAGCAACGAGACGAACGAUAGAAUUGAACCGAUCGUUGCCACCAGGGAUGAACUUAUCCAUGCAGAGCAUGCAGAGUCAAGCGGGGCUGCUCGUCAAAGCCUUCUUUCUACUACAGCAGUGUUUCUCCCGAGACUGUCCCAGACGCCAUCUCGUAGUAUCGAUACACCUACACAGUUUCAACCACGUUCUGAGACGAAGCUUCGAUCCUCCUAUCAGCCUUCUCCACUACGGAACGAAAGUAAUUCUUCUAGGACCAAGGAUGGUCCUCUUCUAUUGGAAAUGAGACUGAGCGCACAGGAGGAACGUCUGGCGGCGCAAAAUGUGAGGUUGCAACAACAGGAGACGCAAAUCCAACUGUUGACAUCUCUGGUGGACACUUUUCGUGACUCGCUCCAAGAGAUGAAAAGUACAUUGCGCGAGCUGCAAUCUCAAAGGUCCAUGCUCCAGACCGAGUCCUCAAAGAUUGAUGUGACCGGCGACCCAGAGGGAACGGAGAACGCCAUGACAGAGGCACAACCAAUUGAUGCAGAAGUCGAACGACUGCGUGCUGAGAAUGCCGCGAUGAAAGCGAAGCUUGAUAGCAUUGCAUCAGCUGUGGGCGCGGUUCCGAGGAAACCUCCACAAAGCACACCAGCCGGGCCCAUGGAUGAACCUUCCCAAAAUGUUCUGGGCAAACGUAAGCGAGAUGGGAGCAUUGCGAGAUCAAGCGCCUCCCAAGUCUCAAAUGCACAGUUUCCAGCUUCCCAGGCCGCCGAUGUCGCCGAUACUGUGCAGACUCAAGAGCCACCAAUUGCAAGCGAUGUAUCCCCCACAGAGCAGCCUGAGAGAAUUUCGCGGAAGUCGACACAGCAGAACAAGAAGAUUCGGAAAGGUCCUGGUCUUUCCCACGAUGAGGCUCUUGUGGGACGUGGAGAGCGUCUCCAAACGACAAGAAGAAAUAAGGGAACCACAAAUGAGGAUCAGCGAGCUACUAAUGGGACGAAGGACGGGCUGCUUGAAACACCUGACGAGAUGUCAGAGACUUCUGGCGCUGCACUGCUCGAUUUAUUCACUCAGGGAAGUCGGGCAACAAGAGUCACCACGCGAGAAGAAUCGAUGCAGCGCAAUGGUCAACAAGAAUCACGGUCUAGAGCCAGUAGAUCACAGCAAGGAAUGAACAGCGACACUCCUGCUCAAGCUCACUCCCAGAUUCGUGUGGGCAUCGUUUCGGCAAAACCAGUAGGGUCGCGGUUGUCCUCUGGCAACAACGUCGAAUUCAGUGACGAUGAUCUGGUGAAUGAACCCUAUGAACACAACAACCAUGGCGACGGAACACAAGGCGAUGAGCCUAAGCAAAAUCUCCAUGACCUGUCACAGAUUGAAGCGUUCCAGGACUCAACACCAGCCCUGCGUACCCAAAGGAAGACAACGGCAGCGGUGCAAAGUCUGCAUGCGAUCAGAGAGACUCGUUUCGAUGAACAUGUUCAGACUUCAAGGGAGGCAAGAAUGCAAGCCCGAGGCAUGAAUAAGGAGGACCUUCAGAAGGCAUCGUACGACCAGGUUCGUCCCAUGAAGACCACGCAAGUAGCUAUGGAUGCUCCAAUCCAUACAAGCAAUGAACGUGAACCGCCCGAUGAAACGGUCGAGGACUCUUCGUCGCAACCUAGGCAAGAGCCGGCCGAUACGACAUCGCUGGUUCAGGAUCAACGAGAACCUGCAAUAGGAGAUUCGGCCGCAAAGGGCCUUGGGGGAAGUCUGAGCCGCAAACAGCAACGCGCGGAGGAGAUACGUCGACGAGAUCAACUUGCGAAGGAGGCCUUGGAAAUGGAUGACUAG